UCUCGUCUUUUUUUAAACUUCCUGUCAGUUUGAGCCCCUGACGGAGGAAACCACUCUCCAGUGCUGCUGUUGAACCGGUGACCUAAUGAUCCGCUCAGCGUCUCUGUUGCAUCUCAGGUGGAAGAUCAACGCGUUUGUGAACCGCAGCUGGAAAAGCUGUGAGUGUGUCUCAAAUGUCCGCAGCAGUGACUCCCUCCAGUCCUUCCAGCCUCGCGGCGCAGGCCGUGGUCCGCUUCCAGCUGGGUCUGUUCAGGGAGGUGGUUCGAGUCCCGGCCGGGAACCUAAGCUACCGCUAUGCUAAGAGACUGGCUGCUGAGGUCAUCGAGCGCAAGGCUCCUGACUGUAGUGUGGUGGGUGCCGGCGAGAAGCUCCUCCUCUUCAGACAUCAGCCCGCUUCUGAGCAGCUGCUGCAGCGCCUGACGGACGACGACGCACUGCAGGACGGAGACUUCAUCGAGGUCAUCGUCGCAGGGUCGGCCUCUGUGACGGAGGUGCGCAUGCGUCCUCACUCUCUGGUCGUCCACUCGUACCGGACGCCGACGUUCUGUCACCACUGUGGAGAAAUGCUGUGGGGCCUCGUCAGACAAGGGCUCAAAUGUGAUGGUUGUGGGUUAGAUUUCCACAAACGUUGUGCCUUCCUGUUGCCAAACGACUGCAGUCGAGCUCGUCGUCAGGUCAGCACCAGCUUCUCUCUGUUUCCUCCCCGGCGACCACGAGCUCUCUCUCUCUCCACUCAGGCCGGAGGAAGUCUGGAAGAGAUCAGCAUGUCCAAGCCCUCGUCCAGACCUGUGUCGUGGGCGGAGCCACCGGUGUGGCUGGGCGUCGGCCGCGGCGACUGGAACAGGCCUAGGGUUCCUCACACCUUCCACAUCCACAGCUACACCAAGCCCACGAUGUGUCAGCACUGUCACCGGCUGCUCAAAGGCCUCUUCAGACAGGGACUGCAGUGCUCGGACUGCAGGUUUAACUGCCAUCACCGCUGCAGAACCUCCGUGGCCAGAGACUGUCCAGGAGAGAGGAGAGGCGUGAACGGGAAAGAAUCCUCAGCAGCCAGUCAGAGCUCCGAGAACCUCGAGGACAACGAUUCGGAGCUGACCAGUAUGACGUCCCUGUCCGACUGCGACGAUGAAGACAUGUCCACUGACUCACUCUCUGAGAUGAAGGACGACGAUGGCGACGACGAGGAGCAGCGUGAGCCAAUGAGUCCGUGUUUCAGCAGCAACAUCCCACUGAUGAGACUCGUCCAGUCGGUGCAUCACACCAAGAGGCGAGGGGGCGGAGUCCUGAGAGAGGGAUGGCUGCUGCAUCACACCAACACUGACCCACUGAGGAAACGUCAUUACUGGAUCGUGGACUGGAAGAGCAUCACUCUGUACCAGAACGAGAGCAGCACCAAGUACUACAAGGAGAUCCCGCUGUGUGAGGUGCUGCAGGUGCGAGGCCCCGCCCACCUCUGCGUGCCCGUGUUGCCGUGCAACUGUGCCCACUCCUUUGAGGUGGUGACGUCAUCGCUGGUGUUCUGUGUGUCAGACGACGACAGCGGCGGAGGAGCGCCGCUGUGGCAGAGCGCCAUCCGCCAGGGUCUGAUGCCUGUGGAGAGCAACGGACGAGGAGGAGGAGGAGGAGUUGAGGAAGAGGAGCAUGAUUCAAGUUCACACACAGACAGUCCGGAUAUUAGCUCCGUGUAUCAGAUCUUCACAGACGAGGUUCUGGGUUCAGGACAGUUUGGAGUCGUGUACAGAGGGACUCACAGGAAGUCUGGUCGACUCGUCGCCAUCAAAGUCAUCGACAAGACACGUUUUCCCACCAAUCAAGAACAACAGCUGAGGAACGAAGCCUCCAUUUUACAGGCCCUGUCCCACCCGGGCGUGGUUCUGUUGGAGGGGAUGUUCGAGACGGUCCAGCACGUCUUUGUCGUCAUGGAGAAGCUCCACGGAGACAUGCUGGAGAUGAUUCUGUCCAGUGAGAAAGGACGACUCCCCGAACGCACCACUCGCUUCCUGGUCACGCAGAUAUUGGAGGCGCUGCGUUACCUGCACUUCAAACACAUCGCUCACUGUGACCUCAAACCUGAGAACGUUCUCCUGACCUCGGCCGACGCUUUCCCUCAGGUGAAACUGUGCGACUUCGGCUUCGCCCGCAUCAUCGGCGAGAAGUCGUUCCGCCGCUCAGUGGUGGGGACGCCGGCGUACCUGGCCCCGGAGGUGAUCAGCAGCUGCGGCUACAACCGCUCCCUGGACAUGUGGUCGGUGGGCGUGAUCAUGUACGUGAGCCUGAGCGGGACGUUCCCCUUCAACGAGGACGAGGACAUCAGGCAGCAGAUCACCAACGCCGCCUUCAUGUACCCGCGGCAAACCUGGGCCUCCGUCUCACUGCAGGCCGUGAGUCUCAUCAAUAACCUGCUGCAGGUGUCGCUGAGGAGACGCUUCAGUGUGGGCAAAGCUCUGGCUCAUCCUUGGCUGCAGGACUUCCAGCUGUGGUGUGACCUGCGUGAGUUUGAACAGAGGAUGGGCCGCAGGUACCUGACGCACCUUGGGGACGAAGAGCGCUGGACACGCUACGCCCGAGAGAAAGGCCUGGACUUCCCGUCCCACCUCUGCUGGAACCCUAACUACCAAGUGGACACAUGACCCCCUUGCUGGGGUUAAAGGUCAGAGAGUUUUUUGGUCU